AUGUGUCGAGGUGAAUGGCCGGUCGAAUUCGUCGAGCAGCUAUUUGAAGGAUGUGAAGAAGAAGAUGUUAUGAGUUUGCAGUAUGAGUGUUCAUGUAAUGAGGAUACUGACUUCGACUUGCUCUCUCCAAAUAUGUUGCAGGGGUUGUCUGAAUCGCAGAAGAAUAGCCUUCGUGAUAUCAUCGAGUGCGUCGAGUGGUAUUACGAGGCUGAAAAGCUACGCUUCUGCAUUGUCUUCAUGAUGUGCCCCGAACACCCUCUGAACAUUGAUCCUGAAGAAUCAUCCGCGGAUGGCCAGUACAAAGUAAUGAAAAUGUUGUUGGAGUGGGCUUUAGACCAUGUUGCAGAAAACAAAACCCCCACUUCACAUUCGACAUUCGAAUUGAUUCCUCGCCCGCCCAAUUACGACUACUUUGGCCCUGACCCCUAUCUCGCCGAGAUCUCCGAGCCCUAG